AUGGCUCGCACAAAGAUGACGGCUCGCCGCGGAAAGCCGCUCCCGAAGACCACUGCGAUCUCAUUUCAUGAACCUUGGCCGGUUGACUUUAUUCACCAACUGCAGAACCUCCCGUCCAACGAUGAGGCUCAACCUCAAAACCAUGAUAUGACUGAACCGUCUGCAAAACGAUUGAAGCGAUCACAUGAAGAUAUGAAAGCGCUUCUUGUGGCCGAUGAAGAACUGGAAUUCGUACGAAAAUGCCCCGAAGAAACACUUCCCUUUACUCGACAAAAUGUUGGACCCCAUUUGCAACUAGUCAAAGAUAAAUCGAAUGAGUUUGGUAUUGCCUCUCGCACCAAACUGUCAGCGCCGUGGAUCAACAUUUCUGUCACAACCCAUUCGAAUUCCAUCAACCAGCGUCUGGCAGCUUGUCUGUAUGUCUUUGCCCAGAAACGGAAGAAGACUCAUGGCGAAGGCGAUGUCUGGGCGGAAGUUGAUGUCGCAUUGCGCCCUCAAGGAGACUUUCUCUCCGUCGUGUUUUGCUUCAAGAUCUAUUGGAAUGAAACAAAGACACCAUAUAGCUGGUUGCGAUCCGCAAAUGAGCGCCAAGUUAGCCAGAGAGUCCUCAAUACUUUUCUACAUGACGAAACCGCCUCAAGUUCGACACAACAAAGCUGGUCCCCCUUGGACUUCUACGAGGCAGCUCAUGUACCACCCGCCGACGACGAGACCGCGCUUUCAAUCGAUAUUCCCGAAUUGACGGCCAAACUUUACCCUUACCAGAAGAAGACAAUACAAUGGCUUCUCGGCCGGGAAGGGGUUCGUUGGAGGAAUUCAAGCACGGAAUCAGUCUCAGACAUUGAGGAGCUGCCUGUUUCCCUGGGUACUGAUAUCGCACAUAGCUUCCGCAAAAUUCGAACUCAAGGGGAAUUCGGACAAUUGUUUUACGUCAGCGAUCUGUAUCAUGUCGUCACUACCGACUUGACGGCUUUUCAGCAGGCAGAGCGGGACAUCCGGGGAGGUAUCCUAGCUGAAGAGAUGGGCCUUGGCAAGACUCUUGAAGUCAUCGGCCUGGUCACGCUUCAUCGCCGACCGCCAACCGAUAGUCACAUUGUCACGCAAGAGGGGGAUGAGCUUCUGACAACUGGGGCAACUCUGAUCGUCACGCCAGAGUCACUAAGAAACCAGUGGAUCGCAGAGCUUCAACGGCACGCACCUCAUCUACGAGUCAAAUUCUAUCCAGGGCGCAAGAAUGUCAACCUUGAUACUGAGGAUGCUCUUCGUGCUGACUUGGCUUCGUACGACGUAGUCAUCACCACAUAUCCAAUCUUAUCAGCAGAGGUACACUUUGCUUUGAAGCCCCCUGACAGAUCUCGGCGCCAAGAGAGGAAGUACGAACGUCUGGUGUCGCCUCUGACGAGAAUAUCGUGGUGGCGCGUCUGUCUUGACGAAGCUCAGAUGAUUGAGGGUGGAGUGAGCGGUGCAGCUAUCGUCGCAAGAGUCCUUCCUCGGGUCAACGUUUGGGGCGUUACUGGAACACCGGUCAAAAACGACGUCAAAGAUCUCCACGGUCUGCUCAGCUUUCUGCGCUACGAGCCCUAUGCAUCAUCUCCUCAGAUUUGGAAGGCUCUGACGGAGUCACACAAGCCUCUUUUCAAGUCUCUGUUUGGCAGCAUUGCCUUGCGCCAUACCAAACAACUUGUUAGACACGAAAUUACUGUGCCGCCACAAAAGCGAUACGUCAUAACACUGCCCUUCACCGCCGUGGAGGAACAAUACUAUGGCGAGAUGUUCAAGACAAUGGCCAGAAGUUGUGGACUAGAUCUCCUUGGUGCCCCUGUGAAGCCCGACUGGACACCAGAAAAGAACGAGGCUGAGAUGCGAACGUGGCUUAACCGUUUACGACAGGCAGCUCUCCAUCCUGAAAUCGUUCAGAUACGCGGCACUGGUCGGAAAGUAGGACCAAUGCGGACAGUCGACGAAGUCCUGGAUGCUAUGAUUGAGCAAAGUGAGAACGACAUUCGAGCUGAUCAUCGGGCCUACCUACAAGCUAGGCUUACACGCGGUCAAAUGCUCGAAAACAGUCCCAGGGUCAAAGAGGCUCUCGAAAUAUGGGAGAAGGUCAAGAUGGAUGCCAUGGAUCUUGUCGCCGAGUGCCGGCAGGAGGUAAAAACUGCCGUGGGUACCCUACCGGGAGAGAUUUCUGCCGCAGCUCGAGGCGGGGACGAUAGCGAUCAAGGCGAAGGCGACGAGGGCUCGACAAAUGCUGUCGUUGGAGAGGCCCGCACAAAGCUUCGGCAUGCUCUGGAGGUACUUCAUAAGGCCACAUUCUUCUGUGCGAACGCCUUCUUCCAAAUCAAGAGCAACACGGACAUGACUGAACCGGAUUCCGAUGACUUCAAAAAGUACCAGAAACUUGAGGACGAAGAGUACAGCAAGGCUCAGGAGGUCCGACGAGAGAUUCUCUCGGAAAGUCAUGCUAAAGCGAUGUCGCUUAUGAAUAGUCUGGGACGCCAAGCCGAAACCCAGUCUUUUGUCGAAAUCCCGGAACUUACUUUGAGCGGGCCGAAGGGACUGGAAAGCGCCCCGACGCUUGACACAUUGGAAGAACUAUAUGGUGUCCUCAACGAGCAGGCAGAUCGCAUUGACGAAUGGAGAGAGGCUCUCAUCGGUUUGCUCUGUCAGGCGCUGAUCGACGAAGAGGCGGAAAAUGAGGUCACUGGUGAAGAGUUCACCGACUCCACGCAGAUUCAAGAGGAACUUAUUGUUCAUGUGCAAAUCCUGCGCGCCGCCAUUGCUGACCGCCAGGACGCUAUUUCAGGGCUUGAGAAUGCGUUGGUCAGGCAUGAGACCAAUGUUUCACUGACUGCCGCAGAGAAUGGCGAGGGUCCGGCCCCAGAGAAGUUCCUGGCUCUCAAUGAAGCCAGAGAUUCAGUAAAGCCGUCCCCAGUCAGGCAUGGUUCACUUCGUCGUGCCAUUGCUGAGUUACGAGCUAUUGCCUCGAGGCUACCAAAGGAUGGCGGCGGUCGGGCAAGCCUCGAGCACGGGAUUGUGACCAAGCAAAUUCAACAAACACAGGCGAAUAUCACCGCUCAGACCAAAGCGGCCACAGCUUUGGAACGGGAGACGGACCGUUUCACAUGCGCCAUGAAUGCCAGGGUUGAGUACUACCGACAACUCCAGGCAGUAUCAGACAGUGUUGCCCCCUAUGAAGGCCCCAACGAUGGACCGGCCGUGGCUUCCUGCAUCGCGAGCGAGAACAAUUACCGCAGAAAGCUGGACUCUUCCAAGGCGAAGCACAGAUAUCUGCUGAAUCUCCAAAUGGACGGCGGAAAGUCCAAUGAGCCCCGGAUGUGUAUCAUAUGCCAGUCAAACUUUACCAUUGGAGUUCUGACAGUGUGCGGCCACCAGUUCUGCAAAGAGUGCAUGAAGCAUUGGCAUAAGGCUCAUCAGAAUUGCCCUAUGUGCAAGAGGAAGCUUCGACUCACUGAACUCCAUGAUAUUACUCUCAAGCCAAGAGAGUUGAAGUUACACGAUGAGACCCCAGUUUCUGCCUCGCCUGGAGUGAAGAAAGAUGAGGCUGCCAAAACUAAUGGCAUCUACUCCCGUUUCAGUACUGAAAAGCUUGCUCAGAUCAAUGAUAUUGAGUUAUUGAGGAUGUCCUUCGGGACAAAGGUUGACUCGAUUGUAAGACACAUACUGUGGCUGAGGGAAUCGGAUCCUGGUGCUAAGUCUGUCAUCUUCACCCAAUACAAAAGCUUUCUUGCAAUUCUGGGUGAAGCAUUCAACCGCUAUCAGAUCGGCUUCUCCGCAAUCGACAGGCCCAGCGGUAUUAUGAAGUUCCAGAAUGAUGCUAGCAUUGAGUGUUUCAUGCUCCACGGCCGGGCAAACUCCAGUGGGCUCAACCUCGUCAAUGCCAGCCACGUCUUCUUGUGCGAGCCGCUGCUGAACACCGCGCUCGAAUUGCAGGCGAUUGCUCGUGUAGACCGCAUUGGUCAGAAGAAUGAGACAACCGUUUGGCUAUAUCUGAUUGAGGGCUCGGUAGAGGAAUCGAUUUACAACCUGUCGGUCAAGCGACGCAUGGAACACAUGGGCCAGAAUUCCAAAGGAAAGUCCAAGGAGUCCACUCCAGAGGUCCAAGAGCCUACUCUGGAGGCUGCGAACACUCUGGAGCUAGAGCAAGCUCAUCUCAACCAAUUGAUGAGCAGGGAUAAGAAUGCAGGCGAGGCGGUUGCGACUGACGACCUAUGGGAGUGCCUAUUUGGGCGUGUGUCCCGGCGAAUUACAUCGAGCGUUGCGGAGGAGAUUGUUGCCGAGGACUAA